AAACCAACCCCCCUUGCUUCCAUUCCUCCUCCCUCUCCUCCCAAAUGCCGCCUGCCUGCUCCGGUGCUCGCGCGUGAGCGGCUAGGACGACGCGCGAGGCCGAGGGGGGAAGCCAUGGGGGAGACGGAUUUGGAGGACGUGGUGCUCUCCUGGUCGCUCCAGGAGAUCAACGACGACGACCUCUACAGGGGGAAGGUUGAGACUAUUCCCUGCAACUUCAAGUCACUUGAUCACUAUCUCGCAUCGUACCGUGUGCCUCUGAUUGAAGAAACAAGGUCAGAUCUGUGCUCAUGCCUUGAACUCAUCAGUCAAGCACCCUCGUCCAAAAUACUUUCCAUGGAGGUAGCAGGAAAGUCGGGAUCAUACUUCAUGGAUGUGGACUUUUGGGACAAUGAUGCUGGUUUCUCUACUGGGGCUUAUUCUGCCAGGAAUGGUGACAUCUUUAUUUUGUCUAGCAUAAAACCUGAAGCUGCAGAGGACUUAAACCGCCAUGGUGUCACAUAUUGCUUGGCAAUGGUUACUGAGGUUUCAAUGGAUGAUGAAUACCAGAAGGGCUUCAGAGUCAAAGUUGAAAAGAAUAUUGAUUUGGAAGAAGACUUGAACAAACUCAAACAUGCAAUAUUUCUCAAUAAUAUCACCACAAACAUACGUAUAUGGAAAGCACCUACCUUCGAUGCACACAUGAAUGGCAAUUUCACAAUAAUCAAGUUGCUCUUAGCCCCCACAAAUCUGGGUGAGGAUAUUUGCGGUAUGUGUGUUAAGCAGGAUGGGGGCUCUUUGGCUUCUUUCACAGAGCAAUUGCUGUCGGUUAUGCUUAAUCAAUCACAAGUGGAUGCUAUUGAAUCUGUCAUCUCAGCUGUACAAUGUGGGCAUGUGAACCUCAUGAAGCUUAUAUGGGGUCCACCAGGCACUGGAAAAACCAAGACGGUUAGCGCUUUACUGUGGGUCUUGGCGUGUUUGAAAUGCAGAACUCUUGCUUGUGCUCCCACAAAUGUUGCUGUUGUUGGAGUUUGCACUCGUUUCCUUCAAAACUUGAAGGAUUUCAAUCAGCACACUGACAACAUUGGUCUACCUACUUCUCUUGGAGAUAUCUUGUUAUUUGGAAGCAGGUCUAACAUGGACAUCACCAAGGAUCUUCAGGAGGUUUUCUUGGAUUUUCGUGUCGACGAACUUGUGGAAUGCUUUUCAUCGUUGUCUGGAUGGAACAGCAGAAUAGCUUCAAUGAUAUCCUUUUUUGAAGACUCUGCUUCACGGUAUGAUAUGCUUCUUGAGGAUGAUGGCAAAACUGAUCCAGUGUGCUUUCUUGACUUCAUAAAGAAGCAAUUUGACGCUACAGCAAUAGCUCUGAAAAGAUGCAUAAUGAAUUUGUGGGUUCACCUUCCUGGAAGGUGCUUUUCUUGUGAUAGCAUCAUAAAUAUAUCUACAUUGCUUCAUAUGCUGGAAAAUUUUGGCGCCCUUCUGUGCGACGUAGACUUGACUGACGAGGGCUUGAAAAGGGGCCUUGGUUGUCUGUCAGCUGAAAACUCUGUUUGUACACAGCCUAUAUCUUCUAUUGAGAAGGAACUGGAUGGAGCAAGGUCUACAUGCCUCAAAUUGCUUAAAGAUCUGCUACACUCACUUAAUUUACCCACUGGAGUAGACAAAAGCUGGGUUCAGAACUACUGCAUAUGCAAUGCAACACUUCUUUUUCUGUACUACCUCUAGCUCUUAUCAGUUGCAUCACAUGGAGAUUGCACCCCUCGAUGUAUUGAUUGUUGAUGAGGCUGCUCAAGUGCGGGAGUGUGAAUUGGUGAUCCCGCUACGUCUGCAUUGGUUAAAACAUGUUGUUUUGGUAGGAGAUAACUGUCAGCUGAGUGC